UUCCUUUCCUUGCCGUGUGUACACUGGCAUCAGGUGCUCCGAGUGGAAGGGGUUGGGCUUCACAGAAACCCAGGGUGGAGGUUGGCCGUCCAAGAGCUUUCUGACCGUUCCUCAACGCUGAUCUCAGCUCAGACCUCUGCUCCCAGCCAAGGCCUGAAACCAGGUAUCCCCAAGGGGCUCCAGCUCGCCUCGAUGGAGCUUCCUCAGCUACUGCCACUGUUCUCCCUGCUGCUGCUGCUAUUGCUGCUGACUGCGGUGUCGAUGUCCUACAGGGACUGGCAGUGCCCUCGCACACCCUACGCUGCUUCCCGCGACUUUGAUGUGAAGUAUGUAGUGCCCAGCUUCUUUGCUGGCAGCCAGGUACAGGCCUUGGCGACCUAUGAGGGCGGCGGGGAUGGGAGUGCGGUGUUUGUGGCCACACGCAAUCACCUGCAUGUGCUUGGGCCUAACCUGCAGUCUAUUGAGAGUCUGGCCACCGGCCCUACCGGGGAUCCUGGCUGUCAGACAUGUGCGGCCUGUGGCCCCGGCCCCCAUGGUCCACCAGAUGACACAGACACACUGGUGCUGGUACUGGAGCCGGUGUUGCCGGCACUGGUCAGCUGUGGCUCAAGCCUGCAGGGCCGCUGCUUUCUGCAUGAGCUGGAGAUCAGCGGGACAACCCUGCACCUGGCGGCGCCUAUCUGCCUUUUCUCAGCCCAUCACAACCGGCCUGAGGAUUGUCCAGACUGUGUGGCCAGCCCACUGGGCACCCAUGUGACAGUGGUUGAGCAGGGCCAGGCCUCCUACUUCUAUGUGGCAUCCUCACUGGAUGCAAAGGUGGCUACCAGCUUUAGCCCUGGCUCAGUGUCCAUCCGGCGCCUCAAGGCAGAUGCCUCAGGAUUCGAACCAGGCUUUUCCUCAUUGUCAGUGCUGCCAAAGUAUUUGGACUCCUACCAUAUAGAAUAUGUUCAUAGCUUCCAUGCAGGAGCCUUUGUUUACCUGCUGACUGUUCAGCCUUCCAGUGUGAUAGACUCUCCUGGUGCCCUGCAAACCCGCCUGGCACGGCUCAAUGCCUUGGAGGCAGAUUUGAGUGACUACCGAGAACUGGUCCUUGACUGUCAUUUUGCACCUAAACGCCGGCGCCGUGGAGUCCCAGACGGGGAGCAGUCCUACCCGAUCCUUCAGGCAGCCCACUCUGCUUCGGUGGGCACCCAACUCGCUGCUGAGCUGAGUAUCACCGAGGGCAAUGAAGUGCUAUUUGGGGUCUUCACCACUGGCAGGAAUGGCAGUCCUGGCAUGGGUCCCAACUCUGUUGUCUGUGCCUUUCCCAUCAACCUGCUGGACACCCUAAUUGAUGAGGGUGUGGAACACUGUUGUGAGUCCCCAGUUCAUUUUGGCCUCCCACGGGGCCUUGACUUCUUCCAGUCGCCCAGUUUUUGCCCUAACCCGCCUGUCCUGGAAGCUUCUAGCCCCAACAUCAGCUGCCACCACUUCCCUCUGCUGGUCAGCCGCAGGUUCCCACGUGUGGAUCUAUUCAAUGGGCUGUUAGGAUCAGUGCAGGUUACUGCACUUUAUGUGACACGCCUUGACAAUGUCACAGUGGCCCACAUGGGCACAUCUGAUGGGCGUAUCCUACAGGUGGAGCUAGUCCGAUCACUCAACUACUUGCUGUAUGUAUCCAACUUCUCAUUGAGUAACAAUGGACAGUCCAUCCAUCGAGAUGUCAAACGUCUUGGAGACCACCUACUUUUUGCCUCUGGGGACCAGGUCUUCCAGGUACCUAUCCGGGGGCCUGGCUGCCACCAUUUCCUCACUUGUAGGCGUUGCCUACAAGCACAGCAUUUCAUGGGCUGUGGCUGGUGUGGGAACAUGUGCGGCAGGCAGAAGGAGUGUCCUGGCUCCUGGCAACAAGAUCACUGUCCACCUGUGCUUACCAAGUUUUACCCUGACAGUGGACCCCUAAGGGGCAGCACAAAGCUGACCCUGUGUGGCUCUAACUUCUACCUGCAUCCUACUGGUCUUAUACCUGAGGGAACACAUCAGGUCACUGUGGGCCAAAGUCCCUGCCACCUGCUGCCUAAGGACACCUCAAACCUCAGUCCAGUGCCCCGGAAGGACUUUGUAGAGGAACUUGAGUGUGAGCUGGACCCCUUGGGCACACAGGCAGCAGGAACUACCAACAUCAGCCUUAUCGUGACUAAUAUGCCACCGGGAAAGCACUUCCGGGUAGAAGGCAUCUCCAUGCUGGAAGGCUUCUCUUUUGUGGAGCCAGUGCUGAAAAGAGUACAACCCCUGUUUGGCCCACGGGCAGGGGGUACCUGUCUCACUCUUGAAGGCCAGGGCCUGUCUGUAGGCACCAGCCGGGCUGUGUUGGUCAAUGGAACCCAGUGCCAUCUGAAACGGGUCAGCCGGGGGCAGAUUUUAUGUGCCACACCCCCUGGGGCUGCCACGGCCAGAGUACCCCUUCGCCUGCAGGUGGGAGGUGCUGAGGUGCCUGGCUCCUGGACCUUCCACUACCAGGAAGACCCCAUUGUGCUGAACAUCAGCCCUAACUGUGGAUACCCAGGCUCCCAUGUCACUAUCCAUGGCCAGUAUCUGACUUCAGCAUGGUACUUAGUGCUAUCAUUCCAUGAUGGGCAAGGGACAGUGGAGAACAGGUGUGAGGGGCAAUUUCCAGAGCAGCAUCAAUGCCGCCUGCCUGAAUAUGUGGUCCGAGGCCACCAGGGGUGGGUAACAGGAAAUCUGAGUGCCUGGGGGGAUGGAGCUGCUGGCUUCACACUGCCAGGCUUUCGCUUCCUACCCCCACCCAGUCUACCCAGUGCUGAACUAGCCCCACUGAAGCCUGAAGAGCAUACUAUUAAGUUUGAGUAUAUUGGGUUGGGUGCUGUGGCUGACUGCGUGGGUGUGAACGUGACCGUGGGUGGUGAGAGCUGCCAGCAUGAGUUCCGGGGAGACGUGGUGGUCUGUCCCCUGCCCACCUACCUACAACUUGGCAAGGAUGGAGCCCCACUGCAGGUUUGCGUGGAUGGUGAGUGUCAAAUCCUUGGCAGAGUGGUGCAGCCAGGCCCAAAAGGGGUCCCACAGAACACACUCCUUAUUGUCUUGCUCGCCUUGCUGUUGCUCAUGGCUUCAAUGGCCACUGCGCUAGUUUUCAACUACUGGUGGCGGAGGAAACAAUUGGUUCUUUCUCCCAACCUCGAUGACCUGGCAUCCCUGGACCGGACUAAUGGACCCACGCUCCUGCCUAUGCUCCACUUAGGCUCUGACUAUAGACAUGGCCUUGAACUCUCUGCUAUUGAUAGUCCUGAUUCUACCACUCGGGUCCAUGCAGAAUCCUUUUUGGACAACAGGGAUGGGUCCUGUGUCCCGCUGCUGCGGACAGAGUCCAUUAAGCUCAGGGACCUGGACUCUGCACUCCUGGCUGAGGUCAAGGAUGUACUGAUCCCCCAUGAGCGUGUAAUCACCCACAGUGAUCGAGUCAUUGGCAAAGGCCAUUUUGGAGUCGUCUACCAUGGAGAGUACACAGAUGAGGCUCAGAAUUGUAUCCACUGUGCCAUCAAGUCGCUGAAUCGCAUCACAGAGGUUCAGGAAGUAGAAGCCUUCUUGCGAGAGGGACUGCUCAUGCGCAGCCUGCACCAUCCAAAUGUUCUGGCUCUCAUUGGUAUCAUGCUGCCACCUGAGGGGCUGCCCCGUGUGCUGUUGCCCUAUAUGCGCCAUGGAGACCUGCUUCAGUUCAUCCGGUCACCUCAGCGGAACCCCACUGUGAAGGACCUCAUCAGCUUUGGCCUGCAGGUAGCCCGAGGCAUGGAGUACCUAUCAGAGCAGAAGUUUGUACACAGGGACCUGGCUGCUCGGAACUGCAUGCUGGAUGAAUCAUUCACAGUAAAGGUGGCUGACUUUGGUCUGGCCCGUGAUGUCCUGGACAAGGAGUACUACAGUGUUCAGCAGCAACGCCAUGCUCGCUUACCUGUCAAGUGGAUGGCAUUGGAAAGCCUUCAGACCUAUCGAUUUACCACCAAGUCUGAUGUGUGGUCAUUUGGUGUGCUGUUGUGGGAACUGCUGACACGGGGUGCCCCACCAUACCCCCACAUUGACCCUUUUGACCUCAUUCAUUUCCUGGCCCAGGGUCGGCGUCUGCCCCAGCCUGAGUAUUGUCCCAAUUCUCUGUAUCAAGUAAUGCAACAAUGCUGGGAGGUGGACCCGGCAGCACGACCUACCUUUGGAGCACUAGUGGUGGAAGUAGAACAGGUAGUGGCCUCACUGCUUGGGGACCACUAUGUGCAGCUGUCUGCAGCCUAUGUGAAUCUGGGUCCCUGUGCAUUGGAUGAGGUGAAUGUGCUUCCAGAACAGCUACAAUCCCCACCUGUGCACAGGAGCAUGUUGAGGCCCCGGCCCCUCUCAGAGCCACCUUUGCCCACUUGAUCUAAUCCCUGAGAAGUUCCACAGGGGCUGGACCUGCUUAGCAGCUUUGAGCCUAAUCCCAAGCUGCCUCUGGGCCAUUCCAGGCCAGAGAGCAUUGAACCUCCACCUUGUCUCUACCCUUUAACCUUCUAAGGCCAUGGGAGGGGAAUAAUACACAUUAGGUCCCUCCCUCAACAGAGUGAGCCAGUGAGGAAGAUCCUUCUAUAGCAUGUAUUUAUGGAGUGCCUGUUGUAUAUCCUGACUGCUGGCACAUAGACUCAGCAGUGUCCACAGAGACACUAGUCCUUGAAGUAAAAAAAUAAAUGCAUAUUCAAAUACAAA